AUGCCAAGCCUGAACGAGCAGGAAAUGGGCAAUGCCAUCUGGGCAUUUGCAAAGUGGGGCCGCCGCCCGUCGGACGAGUGGCUCUCGCGUUUCUUUGGGCGCCUGCCCGGCUGCGUCGUGCGGAUGGAGCCGCCGGGGCUGUGCAGCACGCUGUGGGCGGCGGUGAUGCUGGGGCUGAAGCUGCCGGGAAGCUUGGUCGACUCGAUCCUCCUGGAGUCGCAGGCGCGCUCCUGCUGCGUCAAGUUCUCGUCCUUCAAUGCCCACGGUCUGGCCACCCUGGCCUGGUCCCUCUGCUGCCUCAACGUGCGCCCCAGGAAGCUGUGGCUCGACGACUACAUACACCACACAGGCUCCCGCAUGCGCCGCCCGCUCGGCAUUGACGGGCGCCGGCCCGCGGCGCGGCGCGCCGGGCGGCCGCUGCUCGAGAGCCGGGAAAGGGGCUGCGAGGCCGGCUGGAGCAACGACCAGUGCUUCACCAACACGCUGUGGGCGCUGAGCAAUUGGGAGCAGCGGCCGCCGGACGCGUGGCUGGAUGAGUGCUGCAGGCUGGCGCUGCCCUUCAUCGAGGGCAUGACGCUCAAGUCGCUCCUCAUUAUUGCGGCGGCGCUCGCGGACCUGGACUUCUGCCCGCCCGUCCGCUUCAGCUCGCUGCUGCUCGAGCGCGUGCACGCGGCGCAGCGCGCGCAGCAUGCGCAGCACGCGCAGCACGCGCAGCAUGCGCAGCACGCGCAGCAUGCGCAGCAUGCGCAGCAUGCGGCCGCCCGGGGGCCCGGCGGCGACGAUGGCGACGACAGCGCGGGCAGGGGCGGCAGGGGCGGCAACGGCGGCGGCGGCGGCGAGGCGGACGCGGCGACGUUCCUGUGGGCGCUCUCGCGGCUGCUGCGGCGGCCGCCGGCGGCGGGCGGCGGCUGGGCGGGCGGCGGCGCGGGCGACCUCGCCGAUGACGUGGCGGCAGGCAUGGGGCAGCUGCCCGUAACGGCCCUGGUGGACGCCGUGGUCGGCUGCGCUGACCUGCGCUUUUUUCCAGGCGUCCAAUGGAUGGACGCCCACGAGGCCGCCAUCAACGCAGCAGAGGCCGACUUGAGCGCCUACCAGGUCAACCUCGUGCGCGGCGCGUACGCGGCGCUCGAGGCAGAGAUGCACGCGGCGGCGGCGGCGGCAGGAACGGCAGCGGCGACAGGGGGCGGGGCGGCCGCGGCGGCGACCGCUGCGGCGGCGACGGGUGCCCGGGUGGCGGGCAAGAAGGACAUGGGGCGGGGUCCUGCGCGGCUCCCGGAGCCCUCUGCGCCUGCGGGGUAG